AAAAAUCCAAUCACUCCUUUCCUAAUUUCCCCUUCUAGACCCAUCUCUCUCUCUCUCGUAAACCCACCAAUAUCUCGCUGAAAGUUCGCAGGCCUUCACAUCAAGCAUCCAUUUUGACAUUUCUGUUCGAGGAAGAAAGGGCGAGACAAAGAUCUGACCUUUGAUUUGAAGACAAAGUAGAAGGAUGGGCCUAAGACGCCUUCUUACCCAGGUCUCAAGACAACAAUCACAAUUGAGGGUCGUAAAGAACUUGUAUACCAGAUCGUACAAUACUUAUCAAAAGGUCGGAGGUGAUGCAGCUUACAAGCUUCCAAAUGGCCAAAGAAGGUUUCAGUCCAGUUAUGUGGGCAGUUUUGCACGAAGAUUGCGUGAACGUGAUGCAGACAGAGCAAGCGAUUCAUCAUUACUUAGGGAGCUUUACCAUCGAAAUGACCCUGAGUCUGUGAUAAGACUAUUUGAAAGCCAGCCUUCGUUGCACUCAAAUUCUUCAGCACUUAAAGAAUAUGUUAAGGCCUUGGUCAAAGUUGAUAGAUUAGAUGAAAGCGAGUUGCUCAAGACAUUGCAGAGAGGAAUAGCAGGGUCUGGGAAACCAGCUUAUGAUGAAGAGAUGAUUGGUGGCUUUUCAGCCCUCAAGAAUGUGGGGAAAUCUACAAAAGAAGGCAUGUUAGGAACUGCGGCUGCCCCUAUACAUAUGGUGGCUACUGAAGGAGGACAUUUCAAAGAGCAAUUAUGGCGCACAGUUCGUGCUUUAGGCAUGGGAUUUCUACUAAUUUCUGGUGUUGGAGCACUCAUUGAAGAUAGAGGAAUCACUAAAGGACUAGGUCUGCAUGACGAGGUGCAGCCAAGUAUGGAAUCUAGUACAAAGUUUAGUGACGUGAAGGGUGUAGAUGAAGCAAAAGCCGAGCUUGAAGAAAUCGUUUACUAUCUUCGAGACCCUAAGCGUUUCACUCGCCUUGGUGGGAAGCUACCGAAAGGUGUUUUGCUUGUCGGUCCUCCUGGGACGGGAAAAACCAUGUUAGCCAGGGCCAUAGCCGGAGAAGCAGGUGUUCCUUUCUUUUCAUGCAGUGGUAGUGAGUUUGAAGAGAUGUUUGUUGGUGUUGGUGCAAGAAGGGUUCGAGAUCUCUUUGCUGCAGCCAAGAAGCGGUCACCGUGUAUAAUUUUUAUUGAUGAGAUUGAUGCCAUUGGAGGAAGCCGUAAUCCAAAGGAUCAGCAGUACAUGAAGAUGACUUUGAAUCAGUUGCUUGUUGAAUUGGAUGGCUUUAAACAAAAUGAAGGAAUUAUUGUUAUCGCGGCAACCAACUUUCCACAAUCGCUGGACAAGGCGUUGGUAAGACCUGGUCGGUUCGAUCGUCGUGUGGUGGUUCCAAAUCCGGACGUUGAAGGUAGGAGGCAGAUAAUGGAAUCUCACAUGUCAAAGAUCUUGAAGGCAGACGACGUUGAUUUGAUGGUUGUUGCCAGAGGAACUCCGGGAUUUUCUGGUGCAGAUCUUGCAAAUCUGGUGAACGUGGCGGCUCUCAAGGCGGCAAUGGAUGGCGCCAAAGCAGUUAGCAUGGCUGAUCUUGAGUUUGCGAAGGACAAGAUCAUGAUGGGUAGUGAACGUAAAUCCGCCGUUAUAUCAGAUGAGGUUCGAAAACUGACGGCAUACCACGAAGGUGGUCAUGCCCUUGUGGCCAUUCACACUGAUGGCGCUCACCCUGUCCACAAAGCAACAAUUGUUCCACGAGGAAUGGCUCUUGGCAUGGUGGCUCAGUUGCCGGAAAAAGAUGAAACGAGUGUUUCACGUAAAGAAAUGCUUGCUCGCCUCGAUGUUUGUAUGGGCGGCAGAGUUGCGGAAGAACUUAUUUUCGGUGAAGAUGAAGUUACUUCGGGAGCAUCAUCCGAUCUCGAGCAAGCCACUCGUAUCGCAAGAGCGAUGGUCACGAAAUACGGCAUGAGCAAAGAAGUCGGGGUUGUGGCUCAUAACUAUGAUGAUAACGGGAAGAGCAUGAGCACUGAAACUCGGCUCCUUAUUGAAAAAGAAGUUCGAGAAUUUCUCGAACGGGCUUACAAUAACGCCAAAACCAUUCUCACGACUUACAGCAAGGAGCACCAUGCGCUCGCAAACGCGUUACUCGAGCAUGAAACCUUAUCCGGGAAACAAAUAAAAGAACUACUUGCUCAAUUGAACAAGCAGCCUCAGCAACAGCAGCAGCAACUAGUUGCACCUCAGAAGAGUUCACAGUCUAAACCAGUGCCGCCAUCCACACCGAACCCCGCUGCGGCUGCCGCCGCCGCCGCCGCUGCUGCCGCGAGUGCCGCCUCCGCUGCCGCAAAGGCAAAAGGUAUUGCUCCUGUUGGAUCUUAGCAGUUGAGUUGAGUUGGGUUGGUAGGGCUAUAUUUAUGGAACCAAUGUGCAUAUAAUGGAUACUUGCUGGAUGAAAUGCUUGUUCUUUAUGGCUGCCACUGAGGUCCUAUUACCGAAUUAUGGUGAUUUUGAACAUGAAGAAAAGUAAUAGAGAAUAUAAAAGAGGCAGCGAUAAUGUCGAAUAUGUAGCAGUUAUAUUGACAUAUCCUCAAAUGCUGAUUUUUCUGUUUAUUUUCUGAAUACGCAACUUUUUCUC